CGACGUCAAUGACGUCAUGCAGGAAGUCUUUAGGACUGCGCUCGCGCAGCAUCAACAACCCUUGCUAGCCCGACAUCUGAAGCUACCCGGACUAAAUAUGCCAACAACUGCGCGGCAAUUCGCCGAAUGAAUUCAGGGCUGCACCAUGUGGUGAUGAGCGGUGUGCCAUGCAGAGGAGACACAGCAGCAACACGGAUGGCAUGCCCUCUGAAAGGAGCCGAAGCCAAACUCUGGGAUCAGAGAGCAGCCUCGAUGAGGGUGGUGUGUUCGACUGCCUGAAGCCCGACUCGCCCUCCUCGCCCCAGCAGAUGUUCUCCGGCCUGGUGGGCGUGCCCUCCGGCUCCGUCUCCUCCGCCCAAUUCCAGGCCGCCGGCUUAGUCCUGGGCUCCCCCCCCGAGGUGUUCAUCCAGAUGACGGCGGCGUCCAGAGAAGAAGGCGGCCCCCAUCGCACGGACGGCGGACCCUUUCUCCCUCGCCCGCCCCCGCACCACCACCAACUCCACCACCCCAACAACUCCAACCUCCACCACUUCCACCACCAGCCGCUGCAGAACAGGACCUCCUCCCUGCUGCAGCAGGCCACCGCGGCGGGCGGCUCCGAGAGGCACGGCCCCAGGGAGGAGGCCCAGGAGGACCCGUCCGCGCCGGCGCCGGCCCUGUCCGAGUUGAAGGCGGUGGUGACGUGGCUGCAGAGGGGCUUCCCCUUCAUCCUCAUUCUGCUGGCCAAAGUGUGCUUCCAGCACAAGCUCGGUAUUGCCGUGUGCGCCGGCAUGGCCUGCACAUUCGCCUACGCCAAUUCCACAGUGAGGCACCAAGUGUCCUUAAGGGCGGAGCGUUCCGUGCUGGUUGCUCUCUGGAUCUUGAUGUUCCUCGCAGGGAACAUUGUGUACGUCUACUACACGUUUGGCCACGAGGAGCUGCACAACAGCCUCAUAUUCGCCAAGCCCAACCUCGGCAGCUUUGACUUCUUUAACCUGAUCUGGGCUGUGGGCAUCACCGACUUUGUCCUUAAGUACUUCACCAUCGGCCUGAAAUGCUUUGUCCUGUUUUUGCCCAAGAUCCUCCUGGCCUUUAAAUCCAGGGGCAAAUUCUACCUGCUGAUAGAGGAGCUGAGCCAGCUGUUUCGGGCGCUGGUGCCCAUCCAGCUGUGGUACAAGUACAUCAUGGGAGAAGACCCGUCCAGCAGUUACUUCCUGGGAGCCACUCUCAUCAUCAUCUACAGCCUCUGCAAGUCCUUUGACAUCUGUGGACGAGUUGCUGCCAUCCGCAGGGCCGUGGCCGUUCUCUGCAGCUCCCAGAGUUACGGAGCGAAGGCGGGCGGUCAGCAGUGCAGCGAGGCGGGCGACGCCUGCGCCAUCUGCCAGGCGGAUUUCAGGGACCCCGUCGCUCUGCUCUGUCAGGUAAGGAGUCUGGGAAGUGGUCAGCCUGCUACUUUGAUCACAUUUUAAGGAGAUUUAUUUAAAAGAGACCUGUUGGCUGUGCGUGUC